AUGCUUCCUUUCCGCAUGCUGAUGCAGUUCCCCAAAACGCCCGUGGUGCUUAUCGCUGAGGGAUGGUUGGUGUAUCCUUAUGACUUCAGGCUGACGGAAAAAGAGAAAACCAGCAUUUGCUACUUAUCCUUCCCGGACUCCUACUCAGGCGGCCUAGGGGAUACCCAGUUUAGCUUCCGCCUUCGUCAGUCGGGGGGGCAGAGGACCACUCAUUUUGGGGAUGAUGGCGAGUAUAACAGAGAAGCCCCCCUAACACUACAGCGAGAGACAGCUCAUUACUUUGGCUACGUGUACUUCAGGCAAGUCAAGGACAGCUCAAUGAAGAGAGGUUAUUUUCAGAAGUCUCUAGUGCUGGUGUCGCGCCUGCCCUACGUGAACCUGUUCCAGUCGCUGCUGCAGCUGAUUGCUCCGGAGUACUUCGACAAGCUGGAGCCGUGCUUGGAGGCAGUGUGCAAUGAAAUCGAUCAGUGGCCUGGGCCAGCGCCAGGACAGACUUUGAACCUUCCAGUCAUGGGAGUGGUCAUUCAGGUGAGAAUCCCAUCUCGGGUGGAUAAACCUGGAUCGAGCCCUGUGAAGCAGUUCAAUCAGGAGAAUCUGUUACCAGCCCCGUUAGUGCUGCCCACCGUUCACGAGCUAGAUCUCUUCAGAUGCUUCCAGCCACUGCUGAUUCACAUCCAGAUGCUGUGGGAGCUCAUGCUACUGGGGGAGCCAGUUGUUGUAAUGGCACCAUCUCCUACUGUUUCCUCAGAAAUCGUUCUGGCCCUUACCAGCUGUCUGGCUCCUCUAAAAUAUUGCUGUGACUACCGCCCAUAUUUCACCAUCCACGACAGUGAGUUUAGGGAGUACACCACCAGGACGCAAGCCCCGCCAAACAUCGUCGUGGGAGUAACAAAUCCUUUCUUUAUCAAAACACUACAGCACUGGCCACACAUCCUUCGGGUUGGAGAGCUCAAAAUGUCAGGCGACUUACCCAAGCAAGUCAAGGUGAAGAAACUAGCCAAACUGAAAACUCUGGACACUAAGCCGGGAAUCUACACGUCUUACAAGACUUUUCUGCACAAAGACAAAACUCUGAUAAAGAGGCUGUUGAAGGGGAUUCAGAGGAAGCGCCCAUCGGAAGUCCAGAGCGCCCUUCUGAGGCGUCACCUCUUAGAGCUGACCCAGAGUUUCAUCAUCCCCCUGGAGCACUACAUCGCCAGCCUGAUGCCUCUGCAGAGGGCCAUCACACCGUGGAAGAAUCCUCCCCAGAUCCGGCCUUUCCGACAGGAAGAUUUCAUGAAGACCCUUGAGCAUGCUGGUCCCCAGCUCACCUGUGUCCUGAAGGGGGACUGGUUAGGUCUCUAUCGGCGUUUCUUCAAGUCUCCCAACUUCGAUGGCUGGUACCGUCAGAGGCACAAGGAGAUGACCCAGAAGCUGGAGGCUCUGCACUUGGAGGCCAUCUGUGAGGCGAACAUCGUGGCCUGGAUGAAAGACAAGUCGGAGGUGGAGAUUGUGGACCUGGUUCUGAAGCUGCGUGAGAAGCUGGUGAGAGCCAGGUGCCAUCACCUCCCUGUGAAGGAGGAAACGCUGCAGCGGGUGGGCCUCUACAUUGAGACCAUCAUCGGCUCCCUGCCCGAGGACCUCCAGACAGUGCUGCACCACCCCUAAGCCUGGGCACCAGGACUCUGCGGGGAGGAAAGGACCCCGCUCAGAGCUGUGGGCAGCUGCCGCUGGGCUCGGUAAGCGAGCAGUUUUCGAAAGCCAGCUAGUGCCACACUGACCUGGACUCUGCCCGCUGGUGCGUGCGGGUUCAAGUGCAGAGUGCGAUGGGACUGCACAAGCCUUACGAGUGCAGCAUUUCCUGGCCACCCCUGCUCCCCCCGAGGAGCCAGAGUGGGAGUUUGGGGGGCCUCAUGACGCAGCCAGGCCAUCUGCGUUGCAGCAGGGCCGAGGGAAGGCAGCCAGGCUCCCAGCACCCUUUGCUAGGCCAUGUAGACCGUACAUCUUGCUGACAACGCACCAUCCUUGUGAUCACACUACUGCAUUACCGCUGUCGCCUCCAUUGUGCCCGCCGCCCUAGGGACAGGACCUGCUGUGGGCGAGGACCCGCUGGACGCUCCAGCUCCCAGCGAGAGGCAAUUCCAGUCCCCUGCUAUACCUGGUCCAUGGCAGCCCGGCUCUUCGGUAGCUGUGUGGACCUGAGUCAGUGUCUCGUCGCAGAACUGAUGGCCUUGCUGCUGUCAAAAGCAGGACUGAAGGGACGUGGACAGGCGUGCCUGGAGGAACAGGCUGUGCACUGCUCAGAUCAUCCCUCUCCUCCCUGCUCUUCUCACUGCGUCAGGGGCUGUGUUGCGAGACCUUGGCAUCCAGCGGCGUUUUGCUGUCGCCUAGUCAGGUGCAGUCCUUGGACCGUGGCUUGUCUGUGUAGCGGGGACCUUCAGCCAAGCCGUGGGGUUGUGCUCUGGGGAGGCAGGGGCGAUCCCUGCCACCUUUCGCGGUGCCCUGUCCAUCUCUGCCCUCCAUUGGACUGUUUCUGAUGUGGGGUGGGGGAGCUGGCAAAGCACAAGCCUGCCUGCUCCGUCCUGGCAGCUUCCCCUUCUGAAUCGGGACCUGGAGACACUAGAAGAAAGCGGAGCAGGGGAGUGGAGGCAGCUGCUUCCUCUAGCCCUGUGCUUGCCUUUGGUUCUGUGGGGCUGCCUUCUCCGCAGCUGGGCCAGGACGGCACUGUGUUGAAAUGACUCCUGUAUAGUAGUAAAGGGUAGUUAAAAAAAAAACCUGCCUCCUGUCUCAGGACCUUACUGGGAAAGGGGGUCCAUGGCAGGGAUGGCUGGGACAGCCAGGGCCCUGGGUCCCUGGACAGUGGGGGCAGGUGUGCCACCCCCCCGCAGUGCCACUCUGAUCCCCUUCCCCUGCCCAGGCUGCUGCUCUGCUUUCUACUCCCAGCUGGCAGCCACAUUACUGGGCCCGAAGCCAGACUGUCCUGGUAUUGCCUGCCGCGCUGGGCACUCGCGGAGCAGCGGAGACAGCAGUUGCUGUCCCCAGCAGGACGCGGACCAGCCUGGGCCAUGCCGCUGCCCGGCCUAGCAGUGGUGGCACACGCACCACGCCUGGGCCCCAUCCUGCCCUCCUGGGAAGUAGGGACUCACUUGAGUGAUGGGGCCACCAGCCAGGUGUAUAUCAGCACGGACACCUAGGAGGCGAGUGCGAGAUGUGGGCUCGCUCCUGCCCUGAGCAGCAGUGGGGAGCUCGGCCCGGCUGGGACAGCAGCUGGCAAUGGAGCAGAGCAAGAGCCGGAGGGGAUGUGUGUCCUGCUUCCCCCCUCCCCGGAGCCAGCACCAGGUCUCAGCUGGAGCAAAGGGCUAGUGUCCCAGUCCUUGAAGCAGCUGGUGCGUGUACCUCCCCAUUGCAGUGCACCCCAAGACACAACUGGGUGUUUUGCCUCAUGCCCCCAGUGUGCCUGGCUCUACCACCACAGGUGCCAGGCCAGAGGCCCCAGGCAUGGGAUGAAGGCCUGGGGAU